UCCAGAAGAGCUUCAGUCAUAUAAUUUAUAACUAGUUAACUAAAACUAUUAGGCAUCUUGGCUGAAUCCUUUCCUUUCUCCAGGCUUUUUUAAUGCCGCGUUUGGCAACUUUCCUCCCACUCCACUUCCCAACUUCGAAGCCAUCCAUAUGGAACCCUCUUCGCUUGCAAAAAUGGAUAUUGCGCCCCCCUCGGAGGACACCCCUGCCUCAAAAAACGAAUUAUCAGCGGCACAGUCCUCUUGUGAACCAUGUGAACAGGAUGGGCACGAUACUCAGUAUCCAACUGGAAUGAAACUGGGCUUGAUUGUUCUGGCGCUGUGUCUAAGCAUUCUUACUGUCGCAGUCGAUGAUACUAUAAUCACAACCGCAAUUCCAAAGAUUACGAGCCAGUUUAACAGCUUAGACGAUGUCGGGUGGUAUGGAAGUGCCUAUCUCCUUACCACGUCGUCACUCCAACUUCUCUUCGGCAAAAUAUAUACACUUUUCGAUAUAAAAUUGGUGUUCCUUUCCUCAGUUGCCAUUUUUGAGCUAGGUAGUUUAAUAUGUGGUGUGGCCAACAGCAGUCUGACUCUCAUUGUGGGUCGUGCGGUUGCUGGAAUUGGAGCCGCUGCAAUCUUCUCCGGCGCUCUGAUCAUUCUCGCUAGUUCCGUGCCCCUUCCACGGCGCCCUUUCUAUAUUGGAUGUGUCGGCAGUAUGUACGGUAUUGCGGUAGUUGCCGGGCCUCUGUUGGGGGGGUUAUUGACUGACAAGCUCUCGUGGCGCUGGUGCUUCUUCAUCAAUCUACCCAUUGGCGGUGUGACGUUCCUGGUGAUUUUGAAAUUCUUCCAAGCACCUCCUCGCGAGAUAGAAAAGCGGUCAUACAGCGAGCGACUCAAGAGUUUCGAUUUUCCAGGAGUCUCUGUCUUCAUGUCAGCCGUGAUCUGUUUAUUAUUGGCUUUGCAAUGGGGCGGCAGCACAUAUUCGUGGUCAAAUUGGCGCGUCCUGCUCCUGCUCUGUAUGUUUGGUGUCCUCUUCAUCGUCUUCCUAAUCAUCCAAUACAGACAGGGCGAGUCCGCCAUAGUACCACCUCGCAUCAUUUCCGACAGAACAGUCUGCCUUUGCUGUUUGUUUAACUUUUGCCUUGGAUCUAGCUUCAUUGGUUCAAUUUACUUCCUGCCCAUUUGGUUCCAGGCGGUUAAAGGUGUUAGUGCGGUCCAGUCGGGACUCAUGAACCUUCCUUUGUUGAUCAGCGUCGUGAUUUUUUGCGCCAUAACAGGUGGACUUGUGUCUCUGAUCGGUUACUAUACACCUUUCCUAUUUUUAUCCGCCGCUCUCCUUGGCAUCGGGUACGGCUUGAUGACCACAUUUCAGCUGAACAGCCCGCCGUCCAUCUGGAUUGGCUAUCAAGUUAUUGCUGGUAUUGGCAUUGGGUUCGGCAUGCAGCAGCCAGUCACUGCUGUUCAGGCCGCACUUGAGAGCCGUGAUGUUCCUGUCGGAACCGUCCUGGUUACCUUCAUGGAAACUAUUGGGGGAUCGAUAUUCGUGUUGGCGGAUGAAAAUAUCUUCAGAAAGGAGCUAGUUAAAAACCUUCAUGAGUACAUCCCAAGCUUGGACCCCAAUGUUAUACUUUCUACCGGAGCCUCAAGCAUUCGAGCUGUUGUUGAUUCAGCAGAUCUAGCUCCUGUACUGUUCUCAUACAACAACGCCAUCACCAGCACAUUUGUGGUGUGCUCUUUACUCUCCAUUCCUGCCUUCCUGGGGGCUCUCAUGAUGAAAUGGAAGAACAUCAAAGGCAAAAAUGCAAAUCACCUCGAGGCAUCAUAGAGCCAUGGUAUUUCGAUCUUGGCCUCGUGUCACUCGGUGUGAUUCCUUGUCUAAAUCUUGAAAAGAAAAUCCUUCUAGAAGACUGAAAAUGCAUUCUGAGGCAUUUUUGUAUAGAUAGAUACUAUAAUAGAGCUGUUUGUGUGUUGGCAAGUCGGAUUCGUAGAGACGGAAAUCCUUUCCACCUACCGUCGCUGCAUUGCUUGACAUACAAUGAACACGCAUGCUUCAUUCUUACUCUACGUCUAAUCUGCGAAUAUGUCCUUGUGUCGAGAGAUGGUAUAGAAAGACAUCGUGAGGAUAAUAAAUGCAGCAUACAUGAAGUUAUUCAAUCUUCAAUUUGAUAUCCC